CAGAAAUGUUGUCUUAGUUAGCACCACUAUCCCUAGUACUCUGAGAUAUUAUUGCAUGACAAGACGUGUGAGUGGAGUGAGAGAUGAUAGAACUUGGAAGAAGACACAUGAACACAGAGAGACAAAGACAAAGCAAAAAUAAGAACACAGAGAGAUAUGGAGGGUACGGAUCUGAAAACGCCGAUUCUGGGGCCGAGUAGAAGUGGUGGAAGAGGGAGGAGAAUGAGUCGGAGGUACUCGGUGAACUCGCUGAGGAGCGAGUUCGUGUCAAGGUUGCCUGAUAAGCUUCGCUCUGGUAUUGACCCUGAGUCUGAUGAUAUAUUCGACCUUGACCUUUCCAAAGCCUCCUGCUUAACCAAAGGAGAAAGGGAGUACUAUGAAAGACAAAUCAAUACCAUGAAUUCCUUUGAAGAAGUCGAUUUGUUGGUGACAUCUAACGGUAUUGAUGAGGAUGGACAGGCUAAAGAAGAUGUUCGACAGGAAAGAGCAAUGAUGAUAUCUAAUUAUGCAAAUAUAAUACUUCUGGCAUUUAAGGUCUAUGCCACAAUAAAGAGUGGAUCUUUGGCCAUUGCCGCAUCAACACUAGAUUCUUUACUUGAUCUCAUGGCCGGUGGCAUUCUUUGGUUCACUCACCUGGCAAUGAAGAACAUAAAUAUCUACAAAUAUCCUAUUGGAAAGUUGAGGGUGCAGCCAGUAGGCAUAAUUAUCUUUGCUGCUGUCAUGGCUACACUUGGCUUUCAGGUGUUGCUUCUGGCUGCAGAAGAACUAAUUGAAGAUGAUCCUACUGAAAAACUGUCCAAAAGUGAAUUGAUAUGGACGUGCACAAUCAUGAUAUCUGCUACUGUAGUAAAACUUGCCCUCUGGAUAUACUGUAAAAGCUCAAAAAAUGAUAUCGUCCGUGCAUAUGCAAAGGAUCACUUUUUCGAUGUGGUAACUAAUGUGGUUGGAUUAGCUGCAGCUCUUCUUGCCGAUAAAUUUUUCUGGUGGAUUGACCCCACUGGUGCCAUCAUCCUUGCAUUGUACACAAUGAUAAAUUGGUCUCAAACUGUAUUUGAAAAUGCAGUUUCUCUCGUGGGACAGUCUGCACCUCCUGAAGUCUUGCAGAAACUAACAUAUCUUGUCAUGAGGCACCCUCAAGUCAAGCGUAUUGACACUGUCCGUGCCUACACCUUUGGUGUUCUCUAUUUUGUCGAGGUUGACAUUGAACUCCCAGAAGAGCUACCCCUAAAAGAAGCACAUACCAUCGGAGAGACCUUGCAGGAGAAGCUAGAGAAACUUCCGGAAGUUGAGCGGGCAUUUGUUCACCUUGAUUAUGAAUGUGAUCACAAGCCAGAGCACUCUGUACUCAACAGACUACCCAACAAUUUGACUUGAAUUUUGAAUAGCUCAGACAACUCUGACAUGGAAGAUGUGUUAUAAUCUUUUGACAUUGUGGAGUUAAAUUGUUCACCUUGAUUA